GCGACAACUUUUCUGAGAGUAGAAGCACAAGUCAAAGUGUAGCAGGCAGAAACAUUAGGCAGCCAAACUGAACUAUUACCACAAUGAAUAAAAAGUGUUCUUUUAUAUUAUGGAUUGUCAUUUGUGCUGCAGUUUCAGAAGCUGGAGUUCUGGGCAGAGCAGGAAUCACUUUCCGUUGUCAGUGUCUACAAACCUCUUCACAUUUUAUCCACCCAGUACACUUUGCUGAUAUUCAAAUGAUUCCUGCAGGACCCCACUGCAUCAAGCUAGAAAUGAUUGUACAACUGAAAUCUGGUCGAAAAGUCUGCUUGAAUCCUGGCGCUAAUUGGGUGAAGAUGAUAAUUAAAAGAAUUUUGAACAGGCAAAAAGAUUGAUUGCAAGAAGAAAAGAGCACCUGCUUGUUGGUGACAGGUCACACCACUCUAGUAUGAGAAAUAAUAUGUAUAAUAAUGUAAAAUAAUAUCUGUAUUAGUUGGAUUCUGUUGCCACAGACUGCCAGCUACAGCUCUCCCGUGGCUUAGUGGAGAUAUGGAUGCUGCUGGCUCAGGCUUACACAGAGGCCUUACUUCAGAUUGGGUCUGAGCAAUAUUAGCAAAAGAUUAUGGGUGUUUAGUAGUGCACCUAUCAAUGCGCAGCUUGAAGAACCAUUUCUCUCUGUCAAUUUGGAGUACAGUAAUGGUAUUUGCUACAAUAUUAUACACACUUUGCAAUAAGAGUUGUAUGGAGUUGAAUAUUGCAGUUUACAAUGAAAUUCAAGUUAUUUUGUAUCAUAAAAACUAAAAUCCUACCUGAACCACUCCUGCAUUAAACUCAAAUAUACUCAUAUAUUCUAAGGAUGUAUCCACUGACUUGUAAAUGUAAUCUUUCUACCCUGUAGAGUCAGUUUUGUAUAUUUUUUU